AUGACUUUAAUCAACCCCACCAACGCCUCAAAACCUCAAAUUGUGCUAAUCCCUUGGGAUCCCACCUCUCCUGAACAUGUUGAUCGACUGGUACAACAACGCAUCGCUUGCGGAUGGGAUUCUGAAUGCGUUGAAUCAUGGAGGGAAGUCCAAGAAAGCGGAAAGCUCAAUAAUCAAUGGAUUGUGCUUGCGGAUUCUGAUCCCGAAAAGGAUGCCAAAAUACUCAAACAUUCUGAGAUGUAUCCCCAAGAGAAAGAGCCUCUAGUUGACUCUGCUACCUCCUUUGGAGGUAAAAUUCGGGAUAUCCCCUCACCGCAGAGAACUUUUAUUCCAGUUGGACAUAUCUGCUUAGGUCCUCCAUCCGAAAAUUAUUUGAAUCUCGGAUAUGUUCCCAGAACAGAAGGGUUCUACUGGAUAUCCAUUUUUUACGUCUCGCGAGCUCUUCAAGGAACGGGGCUAGGAAAGACAGCCAUGGAUAUGAUCGAGAAUAUAGCCAUCUCUGAACCAUUGUGUGCCAAGACUCUGGGUUUGAAUUCGAUUAAUAAAGUCGACCCAGAAAGAGAAGAAAAGUAUAAAGCUCUUGACUUGGUCAUUCCUCCGUUUUCCAACCAAGAUUGGUAUGAAAGAAGAGGUUACAAAGUUUACAAAAAUGUGGAAAAACUCUUUGGCCCAAUGGUUGAUCCAACAGGAAAACCCUGGUAUUGGAAUGCUGUGUUUUUAAAGAAGGAGAUUUCCCAUUAG